AUGGAGCUGGAGAGACAGUACAACGCCAUGAGGGACGCGAACGAGGAGUUGCGCCUCGGCGCCGGCGAUGGCGGGCGGCUGUUCCGCAAGGCGCAGAUGAAGACCGGCGUCUGGGGGCUCGGCUCCAGCCACGUCGGGUCGUCGGGGGCGAGGAAGGGCGGCGGUGUCCCCAUCGAGUAUGCGAGGGGGUUGGUCGAGUGGGUGGGGAGUACUGGCGGGUUGGGCGUUGGGACGCAAACCGAGGGUGAUGUCGAGGGGGAAGGGGAGGGUGAGGGCGAUGGCGCAGGAAACGCGGCCAAGCAAGCUAAGAUCUGGGAUCACGCGUGGAAGAGGCAUUGA